AUGGCAGUCGCUGUCACAACAUAUUCCGAAAAUCACAUUGCCCUCGAAUCGCACCGACGCGACAUCCAGCCACCGAUUUCUCCUUUGGAUGAAAGACAUGGAUUGAAGACGCGUAUCAGAGCUUUGGUCGGCUUUUGGGAGACUCUGGCCGGCUCUCGGGACUCGAAAAGCAAGCUCCAGAGCUCUUGUUUCGGGUUCAAGAGAAUCGAUCAGACGGAUAACCAGAGCUCUGUCCCGCGAGACCUGUUCGAAAGAUAUGGAUCUGUAAUAUCACAUGCGCCUCCUCCGCCAAGCUACGAGGAAUCUCUCAGUGACAUUCCACCUGAUUACACGACAACAGAUGCAUUCGCGAUUUCUCGGAUUGAGAAUGGAGCCGAGAUCGAGGCUACUGGUCGGAGAUGUCAGUCGCAGCGUUCAAGCUCCAUUGCCAAGCGGCACACAGAUUCGUGUGAUGUAAAAGUGGACUUUGGAGACAUCGAGAAUAUUCGAACGCAUGGCAAGAAAAAGAAGAAGAAUCAAGCUGCGAACAACUGGGCUGAUAGUGACAACGAGAAGGAGAAGGAGAAGGAGGGGGCGGCUGGCGGUGCAGGGGGCGAUGAAAAUGGAGGUGGUGAUGCUGGUGAAGGCGGUGACGGCGGUGACGCUGGCGGAGCGGGAGGAGACCCUCCUGGUGGCGGCGAUGGUGGAGAUGACGGAGAUGACUGGUUCAAUGCUGGAGGUGGAGGCAAGAAGAACAAGAAGAAGAAGAAGUCAGUACUUUUGAGACGCCGUCCUGCAAUCCUGUUGCAUUACUAACGAGCAGUAGAAAGAAUGCCUGGGAGGAAUUCGAGGAAGACGAGAAGAAAAAGGAAGAGGAGGAGAAGAAGAAGGCAGAAGAGGAGGCCGCUGCGAAUGGAGGUGCUGAUGCGGGAGUCACUGAAGCUGACCCUACAGAUGGUGCGUUCUCUGCUGAUUUGCGCUGCGUUGACAAGCACUAAUCCUAGCCACAGACUGGGGUGCAUUUGCGACCGUUGGAAAAAAGGGCAAGAAGGUGAGUGUCCUUCUGUAUUUGCGCACACGCUCUCCUGACACAUUCGCAGAAGAAGGGAGCUACGGCUUUCACUUUGGACCCCGAACCUGAGCCUCAGCCCGAGCCUGAGCCUGAGCCGGUCGUUGAAGCCCCAGCUCCACCACCGGCAGACGACGAAUCUUGGGGUGGUUUCACGACGGCUGGCAAGAAGAAGAAGGGGAAGAAGAGCAAAGAUCCCGAGCCUGAACCUGAGCCACCCAAAGAGCCCGAACCCGAACCUGUCGCAGACACCGCCGAAGCUGUGGACGACUGGGGCGGGUUCGCAACAGUCGGUAGGGAGGACUUCAAACAGAUGGACGCUUGAUCGUUUCGCGUACUGACUUUGUUUUCGUAGGCAAGAAGAAGAAGGGCAAGAAGGGAGCUGCUGAACCAGAGCCUGAGCCUCCAGCGCCUCCAGCGCCAGCCCCAGAACCCGCUGCAGCGGAAGACAUCGACGAUUGGAUGACGUCUAGCAAGAAAAAGAAAGACAAGAAGGCCAAAAAGGUAUGUUUGCGACGAUUUUCAUCCAUCAUUGUUUCAUUUCACGAUAUUACGAGCGAAGAUGGUGUUGGCGAAUGGCGCGUCGCGGACCCCUUUCCUGCAGCUCGACGUUUCCGGGCUGUGAGGGGCGUGGCGGCUGGCCGUAAGCUCAGACCUCCGCAAUCUCACGCAUAUCGAUACCGUCGUCCGGGUCAGGCGUCUCUCCUAAUCGCGCAUCGGGCGCAUUCCAUGAUGCACAGUUAUGAACAUGUGUCCAACUCACUGAUCGAAUCUGUAGAACGAGCCUGCUGUGGAAGCACCCAAAGAGCCCGCGAACGACAUGAAAUUUGACGACAUCAGCCUCAAUGACGACAAGACUGCGCCGAAACUCGACCUCGACUUUGGCCUAGGCAAGAAGGCCGAUCCGCCAGCAGAGAAAUCCGGCGGCUUCAGUUUUGGCUGGGGCGGUGGAUGGGGAGGCGCUUCAUCUUGGGGGUUCGGGAGCGCCGCUGCGGAUCCCGCUGCUGACACGAAACAAGAUGAUUCCGGCUGGGGGUUUUCAUCCAGCAAGAAGGACAAGAAGGACGACAAGAAGAAGUCGAGCGCGUUCGACUUCAGCUUCGAUAAUCUCGACGAGCCCCAGGAGCCUGCACUUGAUCUAGGAGCAUCCGCCACGAAAGAUGAGCCGAAGAUGGAAGACGAUCCGUGGGGUGGAUUCACUACGAAGAAGGACAAGAAAAAGAAGAAGGGCGCGAUUGAGCCUGAACCGGUAGUCGAAGCUCCCCCGCCCCCACCUCCCGUCGAGGAGAAGGCUGAGGAUGAUCCUUGGUCAUCUUUCUCGAGCAAGAAGGACAAAAAGAAGAAGAAGGGCAUGAUUGAGCCUGAACCAGUCAUCGAAGUUCCCCCGCCCCCACCUCCCGUCGAGGACAAGGCUGAGGAUGAUCCUUGGUCAUCUUUCUCGAGCAAGAAGGACAAGAAGAAGAAGAAGGGCACGAUUGAGCCUGAACCAAUCGUCGAAGUUCCCUCGCCUCCACCUCCCGUCGAGGACAAGGCUGAGGAAGAUGCUUGGUCACCUUUCUCGAGCAAGAAGGACAAGAAGAAGAAGAAGGGAGCAUCCAUGUGGGAACCUGAGCCCGCGCCCGAGCCUGAAAUACCGCCUCCCGAACCUGACCUGCUUACGGAGGAGAAGAAGGAAGAGGAAGACCCGUGGGGCGGUUUCAUGACGGCCAAGGAAAAGAAGAAGGCGAAAAAGGCAGGCAAGCUUGGGAAAGAAGAAGAGAAGCCCGUUGAGGAGCCACCGCCACCUCCUGAGCCAGAACCGAUACCAGAGCCUGCGCCAGUAGUGGACGCGUUCGAAGGCUGGGGAACGUCGACGUCCAAGAAGAAGAAGGGCAAGAAGGGACAACCGGAGCCUGAACCCAUAGUCGAGGUUGUGACAUCGCCUGCCGAAGAAAAACCGGCUGACGAUGAUCCAUGGGGCUCUCUGGGAACGAAGAAGGAUAAGAAGAAGAAGGGUGGCGGCUUCACGUUCGACUGGGCAGACGAGGCCGCCGAUCCUGUCAUUGAUGUUCCGCCGCCUGCACCAGCUGCCGAACCGGCCAAUGAUUGGCUAAGUGGCACCUGGGAUACUGGCAAAAAAUCGAAGUCGAAGAAGAAAGGCGUUGUCGAAGAGCCAGCUCCUCCUCCCCCACCUCCAGCACCACCGGCGAUCGAGAACGAUGCGGCAGAGGCUGACUGGUUUGGGGGCUUUGGCACCAAGAAAGAUAAAAAGAAGAAAGGAAAGACCGAUCUUCCGGAACCUGCUGCUCCCGACCCGCCGGCUGUUGACAACGACGCAUUCCUCAUGCCUGAGGCAGUCAUCGAGCCCAAGGCGGACGGUGACGACGACUGGAUGAACAGCUGGUCGACUGGAACUAAGAAGAAGGACAAGAAGAACAAAUCCAAGGGCAUCACUGAAGUCAACGAUCCGUCUCCGGGCGUAUCGAUGCUUUUGCCCGAGUCUGUGCAGGAGAAGUCGGCUGAGGAUGACUCCUGGGCUUCGUGGACGACGGGUGCGUAAAUCUAUUGGCCGACUGCUGACCCGACCAAAUUACUGACAGCUGCGUAGGCAAGAAAGCGAAGAAGAAGGACGCGAAAAAGAACAGCAUCCUCGAUCCUCUCCCCGUCGAAGCACCUCCCGAGCCCGAUCCUGUUAUUGCCGGUGACGAUCUGCUGGACAUGAUUGACCCUCCUGCAGACGAUCCAUGGAGCUUCACGUCCACGACGAAAAAGAAGGGCAAAGCGGAUAAAAAGGGCUCGAAGGUCGCAGAGCCUCCCAAGAUCGAAGAGAUCUUCCUCACGAAGACCAAGUCGAAAGAUUCCAAGAAGUCUGCACUUGACGACAUUCUUGAUGUUACAGAGGAAGCACCGCCAGAGCCCGAGCCUGAGCCCGAGCCUCCCAAGAAGGAGAAGAAGGACAAGGAAGAGAAGGCGUCUUCCGGAUGGGGAGUCUGGGGUAGCAGCUCGAAGAGCAAGACAACGAAGGAGACGUCCAAGGAGAAGAAAGAGCGAGAGAAGAAGGAACAGAAAGAGCGAGAGGCAGCGGAGGCCGCUGAGGCCGCUGAAGCCCAGCGCAUAGCGGACGAGGAAGCAUUUGCUGCCGCGCUGGGCGAGGAUCCAGAUGACAUUCUCGAUUUCGUCGAUGAGCCAGCACCUGCACCGACGAAGAAAUCGUCGUCGAAGGACAAGGACAGCAAGAAGAAGGGUAGCGACAAGUUGUCCAAGGUCGAAAGCAAAUCCAGCAAGAAAUCGGAGCCGAAAGAAGACCCCAUCGCAGCAAUUGUGGAUGUGCAUGAGCCAGACCCGCUUCUCGACUUCGAUGAGCCCAAAAAAGCGGACGGCUGGGGAUUCUGGGGUUCCGCGCUCAAGUCAUCUGCCAAAAACGCCACAACCGGUGCCAAAACGUACAAUGAGAUUGGCUCGGAUCCAUGGGCCAAUCAGGACGCGUUGCUGACCAGCACGUCGAAGAUGCCAGAUAUUUCUUUCGGCGACGAUGCUUUGAACAAGUCAACAAUGUGGCCUGGGAAGGCAGCGCCCAACGCGAAGGCCGCGAAAGGUGGUGUUAAGAGUUCCAGCAUCCAAGACCGCAUCAAGGCGCUGCAUGCGGAGAGCGCCGUCGACGCCAAGCCAUCCAAGUCGAAGAAGGGUACCACUAGCUGGCCACCACCGCCGCCUGAACCUGAACCUGAACCUGAACCUGAGCUUGAACCUGAACCUUUUCUUGAGCCUGAACCUGAGCCCAUCUUCGAGGCUCCGCCUCCGCCUCCGCCUCCGGUCGCGGAGAAGAAGUCGAAGAAGUCUUCCAAGAAGGAUAAAAAGGAAAAGGACGUGCCGCCUGCCGAUCCUAUCCCGCCUCCAUCUGUCUCGCCGGUGCCUGGCGGUUUCCCAGUCGACGACUUCGCAAACGACUUUGCAAACGACUUCGUAAACGACUUCGCAAACGAUCCCGAACCUGAGAUGGUAGCCCCUCCGCCCAAGAAAUCGUCCAAGGAUAAAGAUAAAAAGUCCUCCUCCAAGUCGACCAAGAAAGAAUCCAAGGCAAAAGUGGAACCGGUCGUGGUCGAUGCGCCUCCGCCCGCUGACUUCGAUGACUUGAUGGGUGGCGAGGACCUACCUACUCCGCCGCCCGAGGAAGACGCUCCGAAGGAGAAAUCAAAGUCGACCAGAAGGGAGCGCCCAAAAGUCGUGCGCGAUCACCAGUCGUCUUCGUGGGGAUUCUGGGGUGCUACGCCUGCUAAGAAGUCGACGAAGAAGGAUUCCAAUUCAAAGGACGGCGCCGAUUCGCCCGCUGUCAAGGUGCGACCUGAAGGCCUGACCCGCUCCAAGUCAGCACGCAAAGCCUCUGACAAGGAUCCUUUGGAGAAGGCUUCCAAGUCAUCCAGCUCUGACAAGGACCCAAAGCGUGAGUCCAAGUCGCGACCAAGCACGUCGCGCGGCUUCUCACUCUUCGGUAUGGGCCCUCCACCUUCUCGCUCAAAGUCGACGAGACAGUCGUCUUCCGCCGCCAAAUCCAGCUCUCGCCGCCAGUCGACCGCGAUCGAUGAUACAGGCUUGGUGUCUCCUCCACCAGAGGAGAAGGUGGCGCCAAAAGCUGCCAGAGUCACCGGCGUUAGUCGAUCCAAGUCUACUAGGGAGAAGGGUUCGCGCAAGGUCCCGGAUCCAUACUCCCUGGACUCUGACGACCUUGUCAUGGUUGACGAGCCCGAGGACUCCGCCAAAGACAUCGUGGAACCGAAAGAGAAGAAGAAGUCUAGCAAGUCGAAGCGCCAGUCGAUGCACAUGUCUGGAGGUCUUGGGCCUGCCGAUGAUGAGGACAUGGUCGAUGUUCCAAGGCAAUCUGACGAAGCCAAGGUAUUCUCUGGUCCGGACGAUCUUGCCUUUGUCGAUCGACCAACCCCAGUGCGACGCAAUACCUCGACUAUCAAGAAAAGUGGUGGUCUCAUGGGCGGAAUUCUAGGAGCUUUUGGCUCACGGCCGACACCCGAACGACGUCAAAGCAAAGCUUACGAAAGCGAGGACGGCGCCGCCCGCCGCAAAAGAGGCUCCGGCUACGAUGAUGAGCAUUCCAAGCGUCUCCGUCGUGAAGAUCGCAAAGUCAAUCGUUCUCGCAAACCCUCUGAGGGUGACGUGAGUGAAGCCGAGGAAGCAGAAGCGAAGGAAGCACGUCGCCGUGAGCGCCGCGAGCGACGACAGCGGGAGGCCGCGGACGAAGAAGCCAGGGCCGCUCGCCGUCGGGAUAAAGAACGUGCUCGAGCGCGAGAGGAGGAAGAGCGCCUUGCGCAAGAAGACGAAGAGCGCGAAGCACGCCGCAGAGAAGAGAAGCGCGCCCGUCGUGCGGAGCGAGAAGCACGCCGAGCUGAAGAAGACCGCGCCGCACGCGAGGACGAGAGGGCGCGCGAGGAACGCCGUGAACGACGCCGCGAGAAGGAACGCCUGCGCGCUGAAGAAGAAGCGGCGGCUACCAGACCCAAGACCGACCGCAGACGAUCGUACAUGGAUAAUCCCGACGAGGAAGAAGCUCGUCGGAUGAGACGCGAGGAGCGCCGCAUGCGACGCAGUGUGGACCAAGGCGCGGAUAGGGAGCGACCACGCACUUCGCGUCGCCGUUCAGACUAUCCCGCGCCCAUUGAUGAGUACUUUGAUAAGCGCAAUGGUGAGCAAUCCCCUGCUGAGAUUGGCGCGAUUCCUGCGCCGCUUGCUCACGCGAUCAAGACCGGCGGCGAUAAAACCGCAAGCUGGGUCCACAGCGUUAACGAAGAGCCUCCCCUUCCUCCACCCGUGGAGGGCACCAUCGUCGAUGCACCCAUCCAUUUCGCACAAGACGAUGCGCCUGAUCCGCUCGACGACCUCACGGCUCGCGAGUUCCGGCACCGAAGGCGCAGGGAGCGGGAAGGCUAUGCGGACGAAGACUCGGAGCGCCGUAGGAGGAGGAGACGAGAGGCAGAAGGCGUCAAGAGCAGUGAUGGCAGCUCGCAUGAUCGCCGCAAGAGCUACGCCGGGCCGAGCAACAGCAUGGGCUACAGUGACAUGCCUCGAGCGUAUGACGCAAGGCCUGGCAUGCCGGCAGGCCGCAGGACCAGUUGGUUCAAGAAGAUGACCGGCUUCCCAUGA